AUGGCGCAAGUCGGCAUGGAUCACGAGCAUCACGCUGCUGGAAAUGAGAAUGGGUUUGGGCCCAGUGAUGGAUGGGGCGAUAUCGGUCACCAUUAUAAUUCAUCGCAACAUCAAUCGCCAAUAUAUGAGCAUGGAGGGUUUGGAUUUAUGCAGCCGGUUCACCAGGAACUCCCCCCGGAGCCCUCGUUCAAUUCGCAAAGGAUAUCGCAACCACCGCCAAACUCGCUCCCACCGCAUCAACAGCUUCUACCCCUCAUUAUGCCCAGUCACCCAACAUGGCCCAGCAUGUUAACGAACCCCGCGAGUUACCCAGCCCCUCCAGUUGCCAUUCCCCCAACGUCUGCUCCAUUACCCAAGGAAAAUAACACAAAGCUACCCGCAAUUCAUGCCACUCCUACUCCCCGGAAGACGCUUACGGACAGCGAUCGAAGACGAAUGUCAAUGUUUGGCGUGGAGCGAAGUACCGUGUCGAAAGUCCUCCGCCAGAAAGAAAAGUAUCUCUGCCCAGAAGAUCGGAGCUUAUCACCAGUAAAACGUACCAAAGGCAAAUUCCCUGAUAUUGACCGAGCACUCUCAAACUGGGUUAGAAAUACCCAGAAGAAAGGCAUUCCAUUGUCAGAUGCUGCAAUUAAAGACAAGGCUGCGUUCUUUGCUAGAUCGGUAGGUAAUGAUGAGAGUCAUCUAAAGCCUAACAGCGUGGUUUGGCUGGAGAAAUUCAAGCAGAAGCAUGGGUUCGGGACAGGAAGGCUAUCGCGGAGAGCUUCGGAAACGAACAUCUCGGAAACGGGGUCCCUUAAUGCGGACUCGACAGCGCAGUCAGCCUCCCAAACGCCCAAUGGUAUAUCCCCUACUUCACCAAGCGGUUUGCCUUCACCAUCACCGCUGUCUGCAACUAAGAGCAGUGACGAUGAUAUCAAGUCUGAACACUUCAACGGGUACCUAGAAUACGGUCAGGGGAACGGUAACUACAAGCACUCGAAUUCUCAAAGUACGACAUCCCUAUCAAGUGCUUUUGCGGAGGCUCCACCAUCAUCGUUGUGCCCAACAAGCCCAACGCCUCCUUUUUCUUUCGCUUCAGACAACCACUCUGGCAGUUGGAUGCCCUCACAUCAAGCCCGACUCCCACCGCCAGGAAACAAUUUCCAGCGGCCAAGAAGCCAAACGUUCCCCACGCUCGGUAUCGAUCCAUCGUUUGCCUCGCAGCAAUCUGAACCUUUGACUCCUAAGUACAACUUGCCUGUGACCGCCCCAUCUUCAGCAUUAGAUUCUCCAAUACGAGAGAUCCCACCUCAGUUUGGAAUCGAUACCACUGUCUCGUCGCCUCAGCUCCAUCACAGUAGCAGCAAUGGGUCCAUGGGCCCACCCUCGUCGACCACGCCGAUCACAGGGCUUCAAUCUCCUCCCGGAUCCUCUGCCCCUGGAUCGCCAACUCAGGAUGAUGCUCGGCGUGCCCUUGAUACGUUGCUCAACUUCUUCCAGCAAGCACCAAACGGUCUAGUAGAUCAGAAUGAGUACAUGACAGUCUUAAAACUGACCGAGAAGCUACGACUUCAAGGCCACGGGCCGCUCCCAGGAGGUCUCCAUCGAAUUGCAGAGCAGGAAAUCGAGCUUGCAGCACCGAAGAUGGAGCAAUCGAUGAGCGCCGAGGGAUAA